AUGGAGAUAGAGGUGGCAAUGGGAGGUCAGGAGGAGGAGGAGCAGAAGGUGGUGGUGGGAUUGAUGGAGGGCGGUCGGCUUGAAUAUGAGAUGGAAAGAGGUGGCGGUGGCGGUGGCUGCCCCCGUGGUGCUUACUUGGUGUGGGAAGAUCUCACGGUGGUGCUUCCGAAUAAUAGUAACAAACCAACAAGAAGAAUACUGAAUGGGCUUACUGGUUUCGCUCAACCGUCUAGAAUCAUGGCUAUUAUGGGUCCUUCUGGUUCCGGGAAAUCCACCCUUCUUGAUUCUUUAGCAGGAAGAUUGGCUGGGAAUGUUAUAAUGACGGGAAACGUUAUUCUUAACGGGAAGAAAAAGAGGCUGGAUUAUGGUGCUGUUGCUUAUGUGACCCAAGAGGACAUACUACUGGGAACACUAACAGUGAAAGAAACCCUAACAUACUCAGCAAAACUGAGGUUACCAGGAGAGUUGACCAAAUCUGAAGUCAAUGGAAUCGUUGAAGGAACGAUAAUGGAGAUGGGUCUUCAAGAUUGUGCCGAUAAACUCAUCGGAAACUGGCAUUUGAGAGGGAUAAGUGGUGGUGAGAAGAAGAGACUCAGUAUUGCACUUGAAAUCCUAACCAAACCAACCCUUUUGUUUCUUGAUGAACCCACCAGUGGUCUAGAUAGUGCCUCGGCCUUCUUUGUGGUUCAGGCGCUACGAAGCGUGGCUCGAGACGGUAGGCGAACCGUCGUCUCCUCCAUCCACCAGCCGAGCAGUGAAGUUUUUGCGCUCUUCGAUGAUCUCUUUUUGUUGUCGGGUGGUGAAACCGUCUUCUUUGGUGAAGCCAAAUUGGCCAUAGAGUUCUUUUCGGAUGCGGGAAUACCAUGUCCAAGUAGAAGAAACCCUUCGGAUCAUUUCCUUCGUUGCAUCAACUCAGAUUUCGACAGAAUCAACGCUACACUGCAGGGUUCUCAAAGGUUCCGGCACGACACGAAAAUUGCUUGCACAACGACUUUAUCUUGUUCAACAACAGCACAGAUCAAAGGAAUGCUUGUUUACAAAUACAAAUCCUCAAAAUAUGCAGCAGCUGCAAGAACCAGAAUCAAAGAGAUAUCAACCAUUGAAGCACUUGUAGUUGAAACAAAGAGUGGGAGGAAAGCAAGCUGGUGGAAGCAGCUAACCACAUUAACAAAGAGGUCUUUCGUGAAUAUGUCGAGAGAUGUUGGGUACUAUUGGUUGAGGAUCGGGGUGUACAUUGCGGUAUCUAUCUGCGUUGGCACGGUCUUUUACGACAUCGGAACCAACUACCACGCAAUGUUAGCCCGUGGAGCUUGUGGCGGAUUCAUUUCGGGGUUUAUGAUCUUCAUGUCCAUCGGAGGCUUCCCUUCCUUCAUCGAAGAAAUGAAGAUUUUUCAUAGAGAAAGGCUGAAUGGACACUAUGGGGUCGGUGUGUUCAUUCUUUCGAACUUCUUGUCUUCGCUCCCGUUCUUGACCGUAAUGUCUUUCAGUACGGCUGUGAUUACGUAUAACAUGGUGAAAUUUCAUCGCGGGUUCUUCCGCGAAAUGUAUGCUUGCCUCGAUCUUCUGUUAUCGAUCGCUGCCGUUGAGAGCUGUAUGAUGGUUAUAGCUUCAGUCGUUCCCAAUUUCAUGAUGGGAAUAAUCAUCGGUGCAGGUUUUAUUGGUGUUAUGAUGAUGACUGCGGGCUUCUUCCGUCUCCUCCCCGAACUUCCAAAGCUAUUCUGGCGAUACCCGGUUUCGUACAUCAAUUAUAUGUCAUGGGCAUUACAGGGAGCGUACAAGAACGACAUGAUCGGAUUGGAGUUUGAUGCUGAAUACGAAGGCGACCCAAAACUUCCAGGUGAGCUCAUACUAACCUCAGUGCUCGGGAUUUCAAUCGAGCACUCGAAAUGGUGGGAUUUAGCAGCGGUGGUGGCGAUCCUCCUCUUUUACCGACUGUUAUUCUUCGCUAUACUCAAGUUGAAGGAACGAGCAAAACCGAUGGUUCGCGAACUUUAUACGAGAAGAACUCUCCAUCAUCUUAAGAAGCGAGCAUCUUUCAGAAAAACUUCACCAUUUCCUUCAAAAAGACAUCAAGUUGCUCAUCCAUUAUCGAUUCAAGAGGGUCUUAACUCUCCUCUUCACUAGACCAUAUCAUCA